AGAAGAACACAGCUGAUGUCUGGACUCUUGUUGUUGAGUUUGUUGUUUUUAACAACAGGAGUUGGUGGAUUCAAACUGGAUCAAGACCCUGAUUCUCAGAGUCACUGGGAAAUCACUGAACAGGCCAUUUUAGAGGUGACCGCCCGGGCCUGCCGCGCUCUGGCCCGGGAGGAGGGCAGGGAGUUCACAUCCCCGGCCACACUGACAGCACAGUCUCUCCUUGAAGCAUGUGCAGCCACAAGUUCAGCCAGGAAUUUUGCCAUGAAUAAAUUUGAGAUCAAAGCUUUUAAUUCUUUAGUCAAUGUUGAUUAUGACCGAUCCUCAAGGCACCAUUUUGACGAUGAAAGUUUUGACGAAGGAAAGGAGCUGAUCACAGACGGACUGUACAUAGUAAAAGCCAACAUCAAGAGAGGAAACUAUGCUGCAGCGAGAUAUAAACUUGGAGAAAUCUUACACACUUUACAGGAUUUCUACAGUCACAGCAACUGGAUAGAACUGGGCAACGAUCUGCCAAACAAAAAUCUGAUCAGGAAAGAUGCGGCGCUGGAGACUGCAGCAGCCAAAAACAAACCAACCUGCCGUAACUGCACUGAAAACUGCACCAACAACAUUUUGGAAGAUAUUCUCCAGGAAAACCUUCUGACUUCUGGCUACUUCUCCCCGUUUCCCUUUAAUAACAAGCCAAUAGGGAAAUGUAGCCACGGAGACAGGAGGGACAAUACAAGGCACAGCGACGCCACAGGUGGAAUAAACAAAGACGGUGUGAAAUCCUCCCACGGACAUCUGCACCUGAAAGCAGCACAAGUAGCAACAGCCGCCACCUCCGAGCUGCUGGACGACGUGCUCGCCACGGUCGGGCACAAAGACUUUUUACGUACGAUGGGGCUCAGCCCAGGCAAAGCUUUAUGUUUUGUGAUUGACACAACGGGGAGUAUGGGAUAUGUCAUUGAAGUGGUCAAGUAUGUGACGUCGACGAUAAUAAACAACCUCGUGGGAACCGAAAACGAGCCUUCGGAUUAUUUCCUCGUCCCAUUUAACGACCCAGAAUUUGGACCAGUCACACAGACGACAGACAUAUCGGAGUUUAAAAAUGCGAUUAAUAAACUGUCUGCAUCUGGAGGUGGAGAUGAGCCUGAAAUGUCUCUCUCAGGAUUAAAGCUCGCGCUCGCCGCGCUUCCUUCUGGAUCGGAGGUUUACGUUUUCACCGACGCAACGGCGAAAGACAAGACGGAGAAAAACUCAAUCCUCACACUGAUCGAAAGAAAACAGUGUGUGGUGAGAACUCAUCAGGAGACAUUAGACGGACCACUGGCCACAUCAACACAGGCGGGAAACCUUCUGGAGUUAAAGCUGAGCACUGAAGAGGGGCUGUGGGAAAUAAGGAUCACCUCCUCAGCCCCUUACACCUUAAACAUCAUGGCUCAAAGUUCAGAUGGCUUCUUCUUCAGAUUCAUGAAGCCAUCACAAGUACGCUCCGAUGGUUUUGUCGUCAACACCAAUAAGCCUGCAGCAAUGCUCCCUGGUACUUUGAUGGUGGUGCUCUUUGGGAGCGACACAACAAAGCUGACAGACGUGUAUCUCGUCAAGUCGUCUGGGUCUGGACGGUUGAAAGGCAACAUUACCGGACAGGAAAAUAACGAAUACUUAGUUGAUUUUGACGAAAUCCCAUCUGAGGAGUUUACUGUUCUGGUGGAGCUGCAGAGAGACUCCAGCUCGAGACCGACCAGAUCCACACCGGAGAUUUACCAACGGCAAUCAAACGUCAACACCAAAGGCUCAUUUGUCAGCAUUACCGCCAGUAUACUGGAGACCGUGAGUAAACCAGACAUAACUCAAGACGUAAAUAUCACCAUUUCAAACUAUCGAACAGAAGGGGAAAACGAAGACGAAUUCACCAUCAGAGCAACAAAUACCAGAAACUUCGAGACCAUUUCCCCGGCUACCGUCAAGGUGUUAAAAAAUAGCAGCGCCAGUUUCAUGGUUCAAACAAUAAUAUUUCCCAACAGCACAGAGUUUGCUACUGAGGUUACGCUCACUGUGAUGGCUGAAGCUCCCGGUGCCGUGGGCUACAACUACGCGGUGACGACUUUUACCGCCAACAAAAAUGUGACGGACAUUCAGGCUCCUGAGUUCGAGCUGCUGUCUCCUCGACCGCAUUGCCCCGACGUCAACAGUUCCGUCUGCCAGUACUCAGUUCGAGUGACCGACAACACACGUAUCGAGACUAUUUAUGAACGAGGAGGCAGUAGGACAUGGGAAACCUCUGGAAACGAAACUGUGGUGUCCUAUAACGACUCCUGCUGCAGUCCUACGGUUGAAAUAGUGGCGGUGGAUGGUGUGGGCAAUGUUGGGAGGUUUACGUACAAUGCUUCAACGAGUACCGCGACCACAACGGCUUCUCCUACCCUAUCAACGACUACGUAUCUCUUUGCCUUACAGAUUCGUCAGGAUCUUUCCAACGGAGGCCUGACGUGUAACGACAACAGCGCCGCCCUGCUGGUCUCGCACAUACUGCAGUCAGAAAUCGGCGACUACAACGAGGAAAUGGACUCUCAGCACUUAGACAUGAAACAGUACGUCCCCAAUCAGGAAUAUCUGGACCACAAGAUCAUCAAACUGCACAAGAAGCACAGAGGAGCGACUCCGUCAGAGUCGGACUCUCAGCUGCUGGAAGUGGCUCGUAAACUGGACAUGUACGGGAUCAGACCCCACGCCGCCCACGACGGGGAGGGCAUGAGGAUUAACCUGGCCGUCACUCACUCCGGGGUCCUCGUCUUUCAGGGAAACACCAAAAUCAAUUCUUUCAACUGGGCCAAGAUUCGUAAACUGAGCUUCAAACGGAAACACUUCCUCAUCAAACUGCACGAUAAAGUCGGGGCUCUGGGCAGAGACACUCUGGAGUUUUCUAUGUCGAGUCGAGACGUGUGUAAAUCCUUCUGGAAGAUCUGUGUGGAAUAUCACGCCUUCUUCAGACUCCCAGAAGAACCACAGACCAUCACCAAAACACUGCUGUCCUGCAAGGGCUCCCGCUUCACAUACAGCGGUCGGACGCAGAAGCAGCUGCUCGAGUGUUUGGGAUCAAGUUCAGGAGACAAGAAAAUCUCAACAUUUGACAGGACGUAUUAUCAGUCUGAUUAUGAUGAGAGGCAGUGCAGAUCCUCUCCAGACCUGCUCACAGACGUCUCCAAACAGAUUUUCGAUCACUCGUUCCUGUUCCCGCCGCCUUCUCGAGUUUUGACCGUCCAGAGCGACGACGAACUCGACCCCCAGCGCCGCCGCCACUUCAGCGACUACGACCCGACCUUCGACCCCGACGGCGUGUCCAAGCGCUGCCACUCGUCGUCCGAAGUCGCCGCCGCCCGCCCGUUCCGCCCGUUCACCCAGGUCACGCCGCUCUCGCCGUCGCCGUACCGCGCCGCCUCCCCGAAACUCCGCGCCGCCUCCACCUCGGGCGCCGACGACCCCCGGCAGUUCGCGCGGGUCGGCCAACUCCGGCAAGCUCAAAGACUGGCCGGGGUCUACGCCAACCGCUCGAAACGCCGACCCAACCCGCAACCGCCGCCCGACGCUCCGCAGGGAUUGGUCCUUUUGUACCCCAACAACCCCGCCUACCAGUACCACCCGGUUCUGCCGUCGUUCCCGAUGGCGACGCCGUUACAAAAACACCCGUAUUUGUCCGAUUACGUUUCGUCUUUGGAACGUUUCACGCAACCUCAACGAAGGGAUUUCACCGCCGUAGACGGACGCCAAACGUAUUUCGAUUCGCCGACGCCGAGGAGGAACUUGCGCCCGUACGGAUCCGGCGGGUUGGGGUUGCCGCGCGUUUACCCGCCGGGAAGCAACGGGGGGAGGUUACUGGGCGUCGGGCAAGUCGAGGCGGGGCAUUACAGCGACGACUGCAGCUUCCUUCCCGGUUUGCCGCGUCGCGUCGCCAGCCAGCCGGACGUCAAGUUUACGUUUCCGAGAAGCGCGAACCCGGCGUCGGAGUUUCGCCCGUUGGGAUACUACCCGCACCUGACCCGGCCGACCAGACCCACGUACCUGCCGCUGAACUCGUCGCCGUUGCCGGAGCGGCCGGUGUCCAUGUGCGUGUUCGGCGGCGCGUCCGGGAGCUACAGCGACACGGAGCCGGAAGUGUUUUAUCCGUAUUACUUAGCCCCGCCUCCUCUGGGGAACGUGGGGAGGGCGACGGCGGCGGCGGCGGCGGGUCUGGCGCGGAUGAGGUUUUCGUCGGGAAGUUUGCAGCUCGACGAGGAAGAAGAGGAGGACGAGGAAGAGGAAAUGAAAGAAUCGAAGGGUAAAAAAGAGAUGAAGAUUGAAGUCGAGCGAAGAGAAGACGAAAAAGGAGCCGCGAAAAUCACCAAGAUCACUCUGUAG